AGAUGAUCAGGUAAAUUUCCUCCGCAGAGUUAUAGCACUUCCUACUUCUAACUCCAAAAGUACAUCAUAAUCCAGUAUCACAGAGUGUGUGAGGCUGUCACUAUGUUUUAGGGGAUGGAGGAAAGGGGAAAGGAGUUUGUGUGUUCGUGCAAUGGGUGCAGCAUGUCUACAAAUCCAGCUUGUUAAAUAUUUUUCUAGAUUAUUAGUUGAAUCUCGAAAGCAAAUGCUUUUUUCUCCUCUUCUACCGUAGCAUCUCCCUAAAGUCUUUGUAAAAUGUCAGUGUGUUAUGUAAAAUCUACAGCUUUCUAAUGGUGCUUUGAGGCUUACUGUGACCUUUUGAAAUGGUUACAACCCCCACCCUCUAAAGCCCCUCCAACUUUCCUUACUUAAUCGCACAUGGGAAUAGGGAAAUAGGAAUCCAAUUUAUUGUUAUCCAGGUGGCAUUUCCUGUUACUUAUCUUUAUAGUUUUGUGUAUAGUAAUUAGCAUGCAGAAAGCUGGAAAGAUGCCUGUAAUUCCAAAAUGAACUCUCUGUAGCUCUCUCCCUCCCACUUGCACUCUCCUUUUAGUACCGCCCCUUCCAUGCACCCUUUAGCCAGCAGCAAGACAGCUGUAUUUGAUCAUAAACCACUUAAACUCCAGGCUCACUGGCAGGGGAAACUUUAGCGUGAAGUGCAGCGUUGGUUUGUCUCGGGGAGGGGAGCUUUCUUCUCUUUUCCCUUCUCCCUCCCUCAACACUGAAGACUGUAGCAGCCUUUUAAUUUCUCUGUGAACUUGCGUGAAGCUCAUCAAUUUUUUCUGAGUGCAUUAAGCAGCGCUGGGAGAUGCCCUUAAACAGAGUUGUGGAGAAGAGCAGCAUAAAACAGACAGCGGAGAUGAAGCACGCCUUGCAGAUGGACUAAGACAGCCCUGGGAUCCUGGCAAGCAGUUUCUUCCCUGCGUUCUCGGAGCACUUCACAAUAUUAAUAGUUCUCUCACAGCAAUGGAUUGUCUGUGAAGUCAAAACCAGUGUGGCUCUUUGAGAAGAUCUUGCAUCAUUAAUUUAAACUAUCAAUGUGGAGUAAAAAUGGCUGUCUAGAGCAAAAUGUGUAAGACAGAAAAAUUUUGGAGAAGAAAGUAUUGAAUCAGUUGAACAAAGCUUCGAAGCAUUAAAAUCUGCAGAAAUCGUCAAGCCUUGAGAAGUCUAAUCAUGAAUUCUGGAGUUGCUAUGAAAUAUGGAAAUGACUCCCCUGCAGAGCUCAGUGAGCUUCAUUUAGCAGCCCUGGCUUCAUUAAAGGGAGACAUAGUGGAGCUUAAUAAACGUCUACAACAAACAGAAAGGGAGCGUGACCUGUUGGAAAAGAAAUUGGCAAAAGCACAGUGUGAACAAUCCCACCUAAUGAGAGAGCAUGAAGACGUGCAGGAGCGAACAACGCUACGCUAUGAGGAACGAAUUACAGAGCUGCACAGUAUCAUUGCUGAAUUAAAUAAGAAAAUCGAUCGACUACAGGGAACAACAAUAAGGGAGGAAGAUGAGUACUCAGAGCUGCGGUCAGAGCUCAGCCAAAGCCAGCAUGAGGUUAAUGAAGACUCACGCAGCAUGGACCAGAAUUCUGUUUCGGUACCAGAGAAUCAGUCCACCAUGGUCACUGCCGACAUGGAUAACUGUAGUGACUUGAAUUCAGAACUGCAAAGAGUGCUGACAGGUCUGGAAAAUGUUGUCUGCGGGAGGAAGAAAAGCAGCUGCAGUUUAUCAGUGGCAGAAGUGGAUAGACAUAUUGAACAACUCACUACCGCCAGUGAACAUUGUGAUUUAGCCAUUAAGACCGUGGAAGAGAUUGAGGGUGUUCUGGGACGUGACCUUUAUCCAAAUCUAUCUGAAGAGAGGUCUCGAUGGGAAAAGGAGCUCGCUGGCUUGCGGGAAGAGAAUGAGAGCCUCACGGCCAUGCUGUGUAGCAAAGAGGAGGAGCUGAACAGGACCAAGGCCACCAUGAACGCUAUUCGUGAAGAAAGGGACAGACUGCGUAGAAGGGUUCGGGAACUGCAAACCCGUUUGCAAAGCGUGCAGGCAACAGGCCCAUCCAGCCCAAGUCGUCUCACUCCUGCCAAUCGGCCCAUUAACCCCAGCACAGGAGAGCUGAGCACAAGCAGCAGUAGCAAUGACAUUCCCAUAGCCAAGAUUGCUGAGAGAGUGAAGCUGUCAAAGACAAGAUCGGAGUCUUCAUCAUCUGAUAGACCUGUCUUAGGAUCAGAAAUCAGCAGCAUAGGGGUGUCUAGUACUGUGGCUGAGCAUUUGGCACAUUCCCUCCAAGACUGCUCAAACAUCCAGGAAAUCUUCCAGACUCUUUAUUCACAUGGAUCUGCUAUCUCUGAAAGUAAAAUCCGAGAGUUUGAAGUGGAGACAGAGAGAUUAAAUAGCCGCAUUGAGCACUUGAAAUCGCAGAAUGACUUGUUGACAAUAACACUGGAAGAGUGCAAGAGCAAUGCCGAGAGGAUGAGCAUGCUUGUUGGGAAGUACGAGUCCAACGCCACCGCCCUCAGGCUUGCGCUGCAGUACAGUGAACAAUGCAUAGAAGCAUAUGAGCUGCUGUUGGCAUUGGCAGAAAGUGAGCAGAGUCUCAUUCUCGGGCAGUUCAGAGCUGCAGGUGUUGGUUCUGUUGGGGACCAGACAGGUGAUGAAAACAUCACUCAGAUGCUUAAGAGAGCUCACGACUGCAGGAAGACAGCUGAGAACGCAGCGAAAGCCUUGCUGAUGAAACUAGAUGGGAGCUGCGGGGGAGCCUAUGCAGUCACUGGCUGUAGCGUGCAGCCCUGGGAAAGCCUGUCAUCCAACAGCCACACAAGUACUACCAGCUCAACUGCAAGCAGUUGUGAUACGGAAUUUACAAAGGAGGAUGAGCAGCGGCUGAAAGAUUACAUCCAGCAGUUGAAAAAUGACAGGGCAGCAGUGAAACUGACAAUGCUGGAGCUGGAAAGCAUCCACAUUGAUCCCCUUAGUUAUGACGUUAAACCUCGUGGAGACAGCCAGAGGCUAGACCUGGAAAAUGCGGUCUUGAUGCAGGAGCUUAUGGCAAUGAAGGAGGAGAUGGCAGAGCUCAAGGCACAGCUUUACCUGCUAGAGAAGGAGAAGAAGGCAUUGGAAUUGAAACUGAGCACUCGAGAGGCCCAGGAGCAGGCCUACCUUGUCCACAUUGAGCACUUGAAGUCUGAAGUGGAAGAGCAAAAGGAGCAGAGAAUGAGGUCUCUCAGCUCAACCAGCAGCGGAAGCAAAGACAAAUUGGGCAAGGAAUGCAGUGAUGGCACCGCAACACCGUUAACACUAGCUGAGCUGAGACCGUACAACGAGACUGAACUGACUGCUGAACUGACAAAUGCACUCCGGCGGGAGAAGAAACUGAAAGCUAGAGUGCAAGAGUUAGUGAGUGCUUUGGAGAGACUCACGAAGAGCAGUGAAAUCAGGCAUCAGCAGUCUGCAGAAUUUGUUAAUGACCUCAAAAGGGCAAACAGCAACUUGGUAGCAGCUUAUGAAAAAGCAAAGAAAAAGCAUCAAAAUAAGCUGAAGAAACUGGAAUCGCAAAUGAUGGCCAUGGUGGAGAGACAUGAAACACAAGUAAGGAUGCUCAAGCAAAGAAUAGCUUUACUAGAAGAAGAGAACUCUAGACCACACACCAAUGAAACUUCACUUUAAAUGCAUCUCUUUCAGAGAUGCUUAGUGCCAUUAUAAAUGUCUGUCUUUUGGAGGCUGACUCUUAGGUAGCUUCAAACGUUAAAAGCUCUGACUGUCAACACUGACACACUUAAGCACCUUCUCUGGGAUCCCAGAGAGGUGCCAUGGGGAUAAUAUAAGUGUUAACCUUAAGGACUGUUUCAUAAUGUAAAAUGGCAGUGCCUGAAUUAUCAUGCUAUAAUUAUGUAUGUUGUCUGUGUCAUUAUGUCUAUAUUCAUACAGCUUCUCUUCCAUUUUAUGUAUGUCUCAUGGGUGACAGUGUCACAUAGCAAAAUAAUUCAUGUUAGGAGGUUUUAAUUUGGGCAGUUUGGAGAGAAUUUGAGAGUUUUCCCAAUUCCUGAGCUCCCUCUGCACACAGCUCUAUAUUUUAUCCUCAGGACUUGCUGCUGUGGUUAAAUCAACUGAACGGGCAGCUGCAGAGUGGCGAGAUGAUAGGCAGGCUUGCUUUUUUGCACCAUGCUUGCAGUACUGUUGCUCAUAGUGCAGACCAGGUAGGGAAACUCCUGUUCAUUUGGGAAAAAAAAACACCAAGAAACUCCAGUUACACCUCUGAAAAAUGGUGAUAAUGGUGUAUUUCUUACAGUUUGUAAGAGGACUAAAGCCAGUUAGUGUCACCAUGCCAGACAGAUAGUCUGUGCCAAGGUUGGGUAAGAAAUUAUAGGAGACGUCCUGGUAUUUAUAUUGCAUGGUGUUUGCAGUUAUUUUGUGAAACCGUUGGCUUUGGUUUUUUUUUUUGUUUAAUACAUUAUAACCAAGGUUUUCUUUAAGAAGCUGGGCCAUUUUUGUCACAUGUGUAGUGCUUAUUACAGCUUUCUGUGAUCAAGAGGUAGAAUGUCUUCUUUUUAUACUUGUUUUGACCAAAAAAGGUACUUAUUAGGAAUGUACCUGUUUAAUAUUUAAUAGGCACAAAACUAUAAAUGUGUAGGUGUAUGGACAUACAGCCACAAACAGAAUGUGAAUGGUGAAGUCUUCAUACAGCUUCUUAGGUUAGUUUUUGUUACUGCUAACAUUCUCUUCUUUAAGUCACAUCAUGUUACUGUAAUUGGCCUAUUAUGGUAAUGAACAUUUUGCUUAUUAAGCAAAGCAUGGGGAUCCGGUUGAUUUCUCUGGGGAGCAAAAUACAGGAGUCUGCUGUAACAUCUGUUUCAUUCAGAAUUUUCUUCUUUUUGACUGAGUACAUAAAACAGCUUCCAUGUUUGCUUUAACAUGCCAAACUAGAGUCCGUUAACUUUGCUAGACUGUUACGGUGUUACACCUGUUUUUGAGUGAAUCUGAUUUCAGGAGUUGGCUCUCCUUUUUGCUUUACAUGUCGAGUUGCACCUCAAGUUUUAUUAGUGUAUUUAGAAUUAUGAUAACUUCUCUCAUUUAUUUCUCCAAUUUCUAGUACUAAGGAAAUAUUUUUAAAGGACUCGAACUGUUUUUGUCUACUCUUGGGUUAGGCAUGGCAGCCAAAAUAGCUGUGGGAAUUUGUGUUCGGAAUAUGGCAUGAUUGUUAAGUCUUGGUUACACCUGAAACUGUAGCAGUUGGUGUUCAUGACAUCUCUUAUUACUGUAGCUGCUGUUUUCUUCUUAGAGUAGUGAUUCCUACUUCUCUGGAGUCUGAUACAUAACUACAAAGCCAAUAUCACACGGUUGAUUGCAAUAGCAAAAACAAUCCUGAUUUCAAAAUUAAGUUGUAAGUAGCCAUGCCCUGGGAUUGGUUUUGAUCAGUCCUCUUUCUCAAGAUAAUUGCACUUCUGAAUUCAUAAUGCAAAUGGAAAUUUUUGCAAACCAGCUUGUUGAGGGAGCAAGCACAUUGAUUUCUUUAUGGUUCUGCUAAGUAUCUAUCUACUGUGUUUUCCUUCUUGGCCAACAAAUUUCUCACCAACAGGAAUGUGGGUUUUUGCCAUAAACUUCAGUGGUCGCUGAUCACACUUGUUUCUGAAGAAACACAUAGAAAAUUAUCCACUGUGUACUGUGGCAAGAAUGCAGUUACAGUUUUGUCUUCUUGCGUCCAAAACACCCAUGUAACUUGAGGUCAUCUUAAACGGUCCAUGUGAAAUACCUUUGACUUAAGGUGACUAAAAACCACUGCUGCACUGUAUUUCCUCUUAGGCUCAAUUUUUUCUGUUUCGUGGUUGCUAGAGAUGAUGUUAAACAUAAUAUAACGAAGCUUAAAGCAUUUGAAUUGAAACCUGUCGGUAAAGGAAAGAUACAAAUUCAUGCAUCUGGGUUUAAAGGCAUAAAAAGCUGCAGUGUUCCUCAGUGUCUUUUUCAGGCCUACGUUUAGUGCAUAUCUUCUCUGCCAGCUAUGCUCUAAAAGCAUAAUAUAAUAAAUUGUAAAUCAACAGUAAAUGUAAGCCACUGCCCCUUUCUUCCCAUAGGGCUUGCUUACAGACAAAAAAAGCAAGACUGUUGUGAUACAGCCUCAGCAGUAGCUAUAGUUUGCCAGACCACCAGUUAUUUUGCCUAAGCGAGCAGCUACUGCUUCAUUUGUUGGCAUACUGCAAAAGGCCAAUAGGGAAGUGGUGAAAGGUUUACUGUUAUUGUGAAAACUGUUUUAAUAUUAAUGAUUAGCUGCAGCUCCAGUGUACCUCUUAAAAUGGCAUCGACCCUGAGAAUAAAUGACAAAAAACUAAUUACUUUUAUGCAACUGUUCCAAAUACCAGCACACCAGCCUACAGACCAGCAUGCAAUCACCUUGAGUCACAGCAGCCUAACUCACUUAACACUUGUUGCAGAAAUAAUACAUUUGCAAAGCAAGAAAAAUAGGUGGUUCUUGCCAACAGAGCCUAAGUUUUUCACUCAUAGAUUAAUCUUAGGGUGUUCUUUUGAUUUUCUAAGUCGCAAGAGUGCAUGAAAACCUUGUACUUCACAAUGUGUUCAGAAAAAAAGUACUUUUUUUCUAAUUAAAUGCAUAAAUCUUCACCAGCUUGAAUGUACUCUUAGCUAUUGCAAAGCACAUGUGAGUAAGUUUGCAUUAAUGUCAGUAUUGUUCUACUAGCUUUAUUAGGAUUUUCUCCUCCUUUAAUACUGUACCAUACAUUGUAAUUUUAGAAACUUUUCACCUUACUGACUUAGCUUUAAAUGUGUUGCUGCUUCUUAGUUUCCUAGCUGCUGUAAAAUAGCUAUUUUGUGUUUAUUUGAUAAUAGAAUUGUAAAAACUGCAUUUAUUUAUACAGAGACAUUUAUAAUA